CUUAUGUGAUCUGGAACCUCUAUAUAAAAAGAAAGCAGAAUUUAAAAUUGGCAUUUAAGCAUCCGAACUUUUUUGGUAUUUUUUAUGCACAGCUUAUAGGAGAAGCUCAAAAAAUUAUAGCAUAAAACCAAAAGAAUGAAAAUACAUUAGACAAACAGUAUAUGAAGUUCAGCCAGUGAGAACACUGAUAUCAUAAUCAUACCAUUACACACAGCCGUUUUUUUAUGCCCCCGUCGUAGCGGUGGGGGCAUUAAGUUUUACCCUUGUCUGUUUGUCUAUACGUUCGAACGUACGUCCCAAAAUUGGUUUCCAUUCUCUAACUUAAGUUUGCCUCUACAAAAUGUUAUGAAACUUAUACACAAUGCGUAUUACCACAAAACACAGAUCUAGUUUGAAUUUUGGUGGCGUCACUUUAACUGUUCUAGAGUUAUGCCCCUUUAUAAAUGGAAAAAUUGCAAAAUUUUUUGUUUUGGUUCUCUAACUUAAAUUUGCCUCAACCAAAUGUUAUGAAACUUAAAAAAAAAUGCUUAUUACCACAAAACACAGAUCAAGUUAGAAUUUUGGUGGCUUCACUUUAACCGUUCUAGAGUUAUGCCCCUUUAUAUAUGGAAAAAUUGCAAAAUUUUUAUUUUCUUCUAAAUAUCAAGUAAUUUUUAAAAUUGGAGUUAUCAUCCUUUGAUCAUGAUUAUAGUUGAAUCAACUACAAUCAAUGCUUUAUACAAUGCAAUGUUUAAUUUUGACUUCCACUGAUAAAACACAGAUCAAGUUGAAUUUUGGUAUUGUCACUUUAACCAUUAUUGAGUUAUGCCCCUUUAUAAAUCGAAAGAUUGCAAAAUUUUUAGUUUCCAUUCUGUAACUUAAGUUUGCCCCAACCAAACAUUAUGAAACCUAUACACAAUAUUCAUUACCACAAAACUAAGAUCAAGUACAAAUUUUUUGUUUCCGUUUUCCAACUUUAGUUUUCCUCAACCAAAUGUUAUGAAACUUAUACAUAAUGCUUAUUACUACAUAAUACAGAUUAAGUACGAAAUUUGGUGGCGACUUUUACCAUUCUUGAGUUAUGUCCCUUUAUAAACAUAAUAAUUGCUGAAUUUUUCGUUUCCGUUCUCUAACUUUAGUUUGUCUCAACCAAAUGUUAUAAAACUUAUACACAACCGUUCUAGAGUUAUAUGGUUUACAAAUAGAAAAAUUGCUGAAUUUUUAGUUUCUGUUCUCUACUUAAGUUAGCCUCAACCAAAUGUUAUGAGACUUACACACAAUGCUUAUUACCACAUAACUCAGAUCAAGUUCAAAUUUGGAUAGUGUCACUUUUAUCGUUCUUCAGUUAUGUCCCUUUAUAACUAUUAUGCUCUGCAAGCGGGGGCAUCAUCUGUGUCCACAUGUAGACACUAUCCACAUUUAUUUUUUUUAGCUCACCGUUCCAAAGGAACUGUGAGCUUUUGCCAUAACUUGGCGUCCGUCGUCGUCCGUUGUCCGUCGUCGUCCGUCUGGUGUAAACUAUUUCAAACAUCUUCUUCUCUGAAACUACUAAACCAAUUCCAACUAAACUUAAGCUGAAUGAUGCUUAGGGUAUCUUGAAUAAAGUUUGUGUUUUAUUUACUGUUUCGUCAAAUAACAUGGCCGCCAUGGCUGAAAAUAGAACAUUGGGGUAAAAUGCAGUUUUUGGCUUAUAUCUCAAAAACCAAAGCAUUUAUAGCAAUCUGACAUGGGGUUAAAAUUUUCAUUAGGUGAAAUUCUAUCAGCCCUGAAAUUUUCAGUUGAAUCUGAUAACCCAUUGUUGGGUUGCUGCCACUAAAUUGGUAAUUUUAAGGAAAUUUUGCAGUUUUUGGUUAUCUUGAAUCUUGAAUAUUAUUAAUGAUAAAGAUAAACUGUGAACAGCAAAAUGUUCGUCAAAGUAAGAUCUACAAGUAAGUUCGAAUGACCAAAAUUGUCAAUUGUCCCCUUGAGGAGUUGUUGCCUUUUAAAAUCAAUUUUUCACAAUUUGUUCAUUUAGUUUGCUUACUUUAAAAAAUCUUCUCCUUUGAAACUGCUGAAUCAAUUUCAGCCAAACUUGGGCUGAAUGAGAUUAAGAGUAUCUAGUAUAAAUUUUGUAUUUUAUUUCCUUGUACGUCAAGAAACAUAGCCACUAUGGCUAAAAUGAAACAUAGGGGUAAAAUGCAUUUCUUUGAUUUUGAAGAAAAUAUGACAUACAAAGAACAUUUCAAUGGAAGUUUUAAGCCAUUCAUCAAUAUAUAUUGAAAAGCAAAAAUAAUCAUUGAUGAAAGAUUUAAGCAAAAAAUUAAAGGUGAGCGAUUCAGGCUCUUGAGAGCCUCUUUUUAUUAAACUCAAACUUAAUUUAAAAGAAAGAAUGUAUGUAGAUUUUCACAUGAAACCAAAUAAACAUACCGAUUAUGAUAUAAGUUUGUUAAAAGCUAAGUUAAUAAUAUUUUAUAUUGAAAUAGGAAGGAAUAGGACACUUGAACUUUGCUUUACCCUCAAACUGCAUGAUACAUCAGUUUUUUAAAAGUAACUAUACACUACUGAAAAGUCGGUUAAUUUAAAAGACAAUUUCCUGUAAAUCAAUUUGUAGUUGAACCAAACAAAUUUGUUAAAUAAUCCAGUUUUACAUAUGUAUUUAAUAAUAUAUACAUGUAUAUAUAGACAUAUAAGUAUACGUCCAGUUUACUUGACUUUCUUCUGGCAUAAUAAUUACAUGUGAAUGAAUUUGAAAUUAUAAAGAUUGAUUGAAUUUAAAUGGCGUCUAACGAUGAAGGAGGGGCACAGGUCCUAAAAACUUGUGAUCUAUGUGAAAAAGACACGGAUAUCAGAUACAAAUGCAUGGAUUGCAAUAAGUUUUUAUGUGAAAGAUGUAAAGGAAUACAUAAAAAUGUACCUACACUGUCAUUACAUGAUAUAUGUGACUUGAAAUCGGAGCUUUUAUGUCCGGUAAUUACAAAAGUGAGAAUGGAUAAUAUACUAUGUAAUUAUCACAAAAAAUUUCAAUGUAUGUUUUGUAAAGAUUGUGAAGUUCUAGUUUGUUCUGAAUGUAUUUCUAAUUUCCAUCAAAAACAUUGUUUGGAAUCUCUUGAAAAGACCUGUGAAGAAAAACUAAGCAAACUUGAGCGAUAUAAAGCUGAAAUAGGAAAAGAUGUUGUAAGUUUACAAAAAUCAUACAGUGAUCUCGCCAUCGCAAAAACCAAAUGGGAAAACAGUUUGGACGACAUCAGAAGUAAGAUUGAUGACAAAGAAGAUGAACUGAAGGAAGCUGUGACAAAAAAUGCAGCCAAGCUUAGAGAUGAUUUAACAGAGAAAAGACGGAAUGGAAUUGAAUAUAUUUUGAUAAAACAAAAACGAUUUAAAGAAAUGGAGCAUAAAUUGAAUAGCAAACUAGAAAUAUUAAAAACCAUGCAAUCAUCUGCUAGAGGAGAAAUUUUUGCAUUUGAACAGCAAGUCAUGAACUAUCCAACAUCGGGUAUAAGUGAAAAUAUCAUCCCGAGAAAUGAGAUUAAAUAUCUUGAAAGAUCAACAUCUGAAGAAACUAUAUCGGCAUUGUUUGGUUCAAUGUACCUUCUGGGUGUACCUUAUACGAUGAAUAUUACAAUCGAUAGAAGUUUAACGACCAAUUUCAGUAAUAUUGAAAACUUAGUCGUUUCUGAUGGUGAAACUGCUUGGGUGAGUACAUUUGAAAACAACGAAGCUUCCGUUCAGAAAAUGCAUUUGACAGAGAUGUUUGAAACAUUGAAGCAACUAACUUUGCAUGCAUUCGACAUGGCAUUUACUGAAAACAAUGAUCUUUUAAUUUCCAUUCAAUCAACAUCAGAGAUUAUGCGCGUUUCUUUUAAUUGUGAGCUUGAGUCGUUGCUGGAUGUGUCUCCCUUAAUAGUGAAAGCAAUUCACGUGACUAAGAAUGGCGAAUUUUAUGUAGGUGUACGGGAAAGCGGAGACCCUUUUGAAUUAACAGAAUCAAGCUGCAGAAAAAUUCUUGUAUACAAAAGUUCAGAUGGAAAACAAUCGUCUCUUACGUCAAAUGUCUCUUACGAAUAUGACCAGAGCAAGCAGAGACUAUUUACCAGUCCUUGCAGAAUAACUACAAUAUCUGACGGAGAUGUAAUCAUUGUCGGUGAUUGGAUAACUCAUAUCGAAGGAAGGUUGGUUGUUCUUAACCGUAACGGUGAUCUAGAAUGGAUAUACAAUGGUAAUUCGAAAAUAAAUUCGGACAAAAGUAAAUUUAGACCCUACGACAUUGUAUCGUCACCAGAAGGAUACAUAGUUGUUGCCGACAAAAAUAAUCACGCGAUUCAUCUAUUAAAUGGCGCUGGGGAAUUAAUUGCAUGCAAACUUUUGGAUGAGAUAGGAAUAACAUUACCAAAAUCACUUUGUUUUGACUAUUGGGGAUACCUUUGGAUUGGAUGUUCUACCUUCCCACAAGACAAAUCUGGCGCCAAAAUCUACGCUGUUAAAUUGAGUAUCUAAUAUAACUAUGUAGUAAAACAUCGCUCAGAACCGUCGAUACUCUUUCUGUGUUUGUGUACAUGUAAUAAUUAAAUAACGGUUUAAAAA